AUGUUUGGAAAAGAGGAACUAGGGCCGUCUGCAGACCCUCAACACAAAGAAGACCCUGAACACGUGGAAAGACGCGAGACCGCGAUGCCGCGGCGCAUCUUCGCGACAGCCGCAGAGCGUGCACGCCGCAAUAUCAAUGCGAAAUUGGCCAAUCCACUUGCUGGGUACAGCUAUGAGGAACUGCGCAGGCAAGGCAUCAAUUUCGCUGUCACACACCAGAUAGGGGAUGAAGAUGACAUCCGUGUCUUUGGAAUAGGCGCUGUUCUAGCCCAAGUACCCGAGAAGUUCACCAACGUUCCCGAUAUGAGGCCCGAGGAGAUAGAAGUCCUACAGAAGGAAUUCUCUAAUCGUUGGUCCCAGCCCUGGACGAUGUAUCUUGUCAUCGCUCUGUGCUCCAUCGCUGCGGCAGUACAGGGAAUGGAUGAAACUGUCGUCAAUGGCGCCCAGAUAUUCUACAAACAUCAAUUCGGAAUUGCGAACGAUGACUCUAGGUCUAACUGGCUUGUGGGGUUGGUCAACGCUGCCCCUUAUUUGUGCUGUGCUGUCAUCGGUUGCUGGCUGACGGUGCCAUUCAACGCCUGGUUUGGCCGCCGAGGGACCAUCUUCAUCACUUGUUGCUUUUCGGCCCUUGCCUGCCUUUGGCAAGGAUUUGUGAACACCUGGUGGCACAUGUUUAUUGCCAGGUUUGUCCUAGGCUUUGGUAUCGGCCCUAAAUCUGCAACAGUCCCCAUUUAUGCCGCUGAAACAGCCCCUCCUGCGAUUCGUGGUGCUUUGGUAAUGCAGUGGCAGAUGUGGACUGCAUUUGGUAUCAUGUUCGGCUACGCGGCCGACCUUGUCUUCUACAAUGUGAAGGAUCCACUUGGUAUUACUGGCCUGAACUGGCGCCUCAUGGUGGGAUCGGCCAUGUUGCCAGCCAUCAUGGUCUGCUCUUUCGUUUUCUCUUGCCCGGAAUCACCUCGUUGGUAUAUGUCGCGGAAAUGCUACGACAAGGCAUAUCAGUCAAUGUGCAGCCUGCGGUUCCAUAAGGUCCAGGCUGCCCGUGACCUCUUCUACAUGCACACGUUGCUAGAGGCCGAGAACGGAAUGAAACUCGGUCAGAAUAAGAUACUCGAGAUGAUCACCGUUCCUCGCAAUCGGCGCGCCUUGAUUGCAUCCGAGUUGGUCAUGUUUUUGCAGCAGUUCUGUGGGGUCAACGUCAUUGCCUACUAUUCAUCGGAGAUCUUCCUAGAAGCAGCAAAUCAGCGGAACGCUCUAACAGCAUCUCUUGGUUGGGGUCUAAUCAACUGGCUCUUCGCCAUUCCAGCGGUGUACACCAUCGAUACUUUUGGUCGUCGUAACUUACUCCUCACCACGUUUCCUCUAAUGGCCAUUUCCAUGUUCUUCACCGGGUUCAGUUUUUGGAUUCCACAAGAAACACACGGAUCGGCGCGACUAGCAUGUAUCGCUCUGGGCUUAUACAUUUUCGGUAUCGUUUAUUCAGUGGGAGAAGGUCCUGUGCCAUUCACCUAUUCCGCAGAAGCCUACCCACUAUACAUUCGUUCGUAUGGUAUGGCCCUAGCUACCUCGACGACCUGGCUAUUCAACUUCAUACUCGGUGUCACAUGGCCCUCCCUUCGUAGCGCGUUCACGCCGCAAGGUGCAUUCAGUUGGUAUGCAGGCUGGAACAUUGUAGGCUGGUGGUUGAUCCUCGUGUUACUACCCGAGACGAAAGGGAAGACACUGGAAGAGUUGGACCAGGUUUUUUCCGUCUCCACGACCUUCCACGCAGCUUACGGGCUUCGGCAAAUUCCUUACUUCAUCCAAAGGUACGUCUUACGCCAAAAUGUGCGGCCAGAGGUCUUGUACGAGCGGGAAGAUGCUUUCAACGUUCCACCAGAAGCGGGAUACAACAGUCUGUGA